GUGUCUGAAACUCCACUGGCUCCUUCCCCCUGACUCCUCACUUCAUAGUGCUGCGUACUAAAAACAUCGGACGCUAGGGGAUCAAGACGCAUGCCACAUUGCCUCUAUGUGGGCACUUUAACAGAUCUUUCGGGGUUUUUUUCCCAGUAAGGGGCCUGUGGAGGGAGGACUUUUUUUAUUUUCAUUGUCUGAUGACUGUUUGCACGGCUGAUUAUUGAGUUGAUUGUUUAUUCUUUUGGCUGCUGUUGCUCGCCGCCCUGCGCGUUUUUUCCUCCCUUUUUGGAAUCGGCGACCUAUCCCGCGCUCACCAAUGUCCUAUCCUCAGGGUUACCUCUACCAGCCCCCGGGCUCUCUGGCUCUUUAUUCGUGUCCGGCAUACGGGGCCUCGGCUCUGGCUGCCCCGCGGAAUGAAGACUUGGCGAGGUCGUCCUCUGGCUCAGCCUUCAGUCCUUACCCUGGAUCGGCUGCUUUCUCCGCCUCGGCCAGCGCAGGCUUCUCCAGUCCACUGUCAUACUCCACGGAUCCAACUACGGGAUUCCCAUCCUACAUGAGCUCUCCAUAUGACGCACACACGUCGGGCAUGGCCGGGGCAUUAAGUUACCACCCAUAUGGGAGUCCAGGGUACCCGUACCAACUCAAUGACCCGGCUUACCGCAAAAACGCCACCAGGGACGCCACGGCCACCCUGAAGGCUUGGCUGCAGGAACACAGGAAGAACCCGUACCCGACCAAAGGGGAGAAGAUCAUGCUGGCCAUCAUCACUAAGAUGACGCUGACACAGGUCUCCACGUGGUUCGCCAACGCCAGGAGGAGGCUGAAGAAGGAGAACAAGAUGACAUGGGCGCCCAGGAACAAGAGCGAAGACGAGGACGAGGAGGACGGGGACGGAGAGAGGAAAGAAGUGGAGCGCUCUGAAAAAGGCCUGGAUAACAGCGAGGCUUCAGCGGAGGAUGAAGGUAUCAGCCUGCACGUGGACACUCUGACGGACCACUCGUGCUCGGCAGAGUCCGACGGGGAGAAGGUCAGCUGUCGGGGGGAGCUGGGCUCUGGCCCGGCCGCCAACAAAUGCGACGAGGACGGCGAGGACCAGAACCACGACCCGCGGGCUCAGCUCUCGCCCAUAUCCGUCACAUCGUCGCCUCUAACGGGAGUAGAAGCUCCACUUCUCGGUCACCACCAUCACCACCACCUCCAUCAUCUCCACCAUAUCCACAGCCAGCGCGAGGAUUUGGCCCGGAGCCUCGUCAAUAGCAACACCAUUCAUCCCAACAAAUCGUCUUCAUGCCUCGACAGCAGACCUUCUGCGCCUCAGAACCCUACAGUCAAGCCUAAAUUGUGGUCACUGGCGGAAAUUGCUACCUCGGACCAAAAGCAGCAACAUCAGCAACCGGGGCAGCCUGGGCAACCGAACUGCCCCUCCUCCAGCGGUGGCCUCCUUACCCCCCCUACGUCUUCCACCACCUCCCCGGCUGCCAGUUCCCCCUCCCUCUACCCGGCCCCCUCCAUCCUUGGAAGACCUAUUUAUUACACUUCUCCUUUUUAUAGCAAUUACACAAACUAUGGCAACUUCAGCCCCCUGCAGGGCCAAGGGAUCCUGCGGUACACUAAUUCAUCUGGAGUGAGUCUGGUUGCUGCCGCCGCCGCCGCUGCCGCCGCCGCUGCUGCAGCCAACGAGGGGCUGAGCUCCGAGGCGAGCACAAACCCCAAACACAGGCCAGACUCCCCCCUCGUUAAAAAUAACCCAAACCACAGUGUAGUUGUCGAGCAGCAGCAACAGCAUUUCAGAUCCGCAAAUUUAGAAGCAAAGAAAGGUACGUAAUUAACGCGACGCGGUGCGCAGUUGAACGAAAUGAUCACCAUUUGUUUUAGAAAAGUAGCAUAUUUAAUCUGGUGUUGAAUUUUGAGAUUGUAUUUUUUCUUAAAAAACGCGGUAGGCAAGCCGCUUCACGGUGGAAGUUAAGCGAGUUCACUUGUUUGCAAUCCAAAUCAACUGGUUUUCUUUGCGUCACUCUCAUGUGUCAUAGCAGUCAAAACAUGGCUCUUUUAAGAACAUUAAGACUUUUUUUUUUCUUCAAGCGAGUUUGUAUUAGACACAAGUGGCAUUAUCUCACAGCAAUUUGCAGAUUAUCACUUUUUUUUUUUAAAGAGUUAUACAGUUGUAGGGCUGUACUACUGGACUAUGACUUAUUAAGAGGGAUAUUUACAGCGCCGUCGAAGUAAAUGAACAUGUACGAUGGCCUACAAUUGUUUUUUUGCGCAGUUCAUUUUCCGGAAUAAUCAGUUUAUAGUUGUUAUGUGCAUUUUGGUCUCUCAUUUAAUCAUUUGGUAUCGCAUUAGAAGGCACGAGGGUUGCAAUGAAGAAAAACAAACUGCAAAUAAAUGUGCAAGGGUAUACACCUACAGCUACAUAUAGAGAAACAAAAGUAAGGCCCCAAAUCAGCCACACCACGCGCACACACACACACACACACACCCACACACACACACACACACACAGACACACACAGUCACACACAGUGGAAGCCUGGGAAUCCAAUAAGCAGAGAAUUGUUGCCAUAGCUUUGAGCAGGAAUCCUAUUUUUUUUUCAUGUUUCCUCUGAUGUGUGUGUGUGUGUGUGCGCGCGCGCACAGUGGGCCCCUACCUUAUCUUUCAGCUAAGGAUCAUUAUAAUUUCACAGGGUCAGCCAAAAGCAAACACAUCAGUUAUUUUGCUCUGUGCAUUCACAGCGCAACUUUACACCUUCAAAUGUCACUUAGGUUAGGUUACUUUCCUUGUGCACAUUCAAAGCUUUGCCUACAUGCCGCAAGAUCUUCUACAGCCGUUUAUAUAGUCUUUUUUUUUUUUAACCGGCAAUUAGGCAGUGGAGGUUUUAAUAAGCACUUGCAAUAUAGAGCUGUUCUGGGUAAAGCGAGCCUGAGAGAACUUUGUGUUUCCUGGGCUUGUGGAGGGAUUUUUAUUUCCACGGUCUGCAGGUAGGUGUCACACUUGCUUUGACUAUAAAGCGAGUAAGGACACCACCUUUUGGCCUCAUGUUUUAACCCAUAACCUCUACUCCAAACCGGAUCCAGUGCCACCAUACAGUCGGAAAUAAAAGCUGCUACCGCUUCCUCAGCUCCACACAGGCGGAGACACUCCACAGCACAUGUUUGUCAUGUUACUAUUGUAUUAUCUUUACUUUUUUUUUUUUUUUGGAUGCAUUGUGGAUAUUAAUUUCAUAUGCUGGAUCUCCCAGCAUAUGAUCUCCCAUUAUAUGUGAUUUACAUGUUAUUUCUCAGGUUCCUAUAGUUUGCUUAUUUGCCACGGUAUAUUAUUUGUGUAUUUAAUCACGUGUGGAAAACAUAAUUUGGCCUUUUCUGUGAAAGUGGAUUUCUAAAAGGAGGUAGUCUUGGGACGCAACGCUGACGGGACUGAAGUGAACUUGAGGACUUCAAAGUGGAAUAGCCUACAUUUGAUAUUUAUUUUUUUAAAUGAUGGCGAAAUGAUGCCUAUAAUUUAUGCAAGUUGUAUUGCAAAAAAAUGGGAAACUGAUAUCGUCUGGUUGUUUUGUAAAUAUAUAUAUAUAUAUAUAUAAAUAUAUAUAUUAUGGACGGUUUUUAUUUGAGACGCAUCCGGGACAAAGCUACACAAUCUUGUUAUCAGGAGUACUUUUACUAAUUUAUAUCUUUGAAUGUACAUAAAAUAAAACGCGCUGGUAUAGCUGUACUGGCGGGGUAUGACAUCCAUUAUUCAAAGGAGAAAAUAUUAAACUGUUUUCCCAAAUAUUA